AUGCGUGUGGUGAGUUUAGUUGUACUUUGCCUAAUGCUCUUCCACGCUGCUUCCUUGACCGCCGCUCCACUGGGGGAAGAAAGAGCGGAUCUCGUCCGAUACGAAAAUGUGCAGACCGAGAAUGGAUACCGGUUUUCGUUUGAAACGAAAGACGGACAAAUUCGCGAAGAAGUUGGCACGAUCGAUGUGCCGACGGGAGUGCUGAAAGUCAGCGGUCGGUACAGUUAUCGCACGCCAGAUGGAGCCUCGUAUCGAGUUGACUUUGUGGCCGACGAGAACGGAUAUCGAACGAUCGAGCAGCCGAAUGUUGCAGUGCAAAUGUACAAAACCAAGGAUGGUCAAUGGCGUGACGAAACGGUGGAGGUGGACGCCGCCACCGGGAAGCUGGUCAUAUCCGGCUGGUACCGGUAG